GCUCUGCGCGUGUCUCCGAGGGCGUGCGCGACACUGCGGAGUGGACCCCAGCAGUUUUUGAGCGGAUCUGUCUGGUGCCGCUUCUCCUUGCGCGUCUCUCGCGAGUGGUCCCGGCUGUCAGGUCCUCUGAAGGAGAGCCUACUGCCGCAUAGCCUGCGAAGAUGUCGUUCGUCUACUCGUGGCUGGGCGUCACGCCCCGCAGACGGUUCGGUGCCAAGUUCAAGUGACCCUCACGAAGGGGACCGAGACACCAAGACACUGAAGAGACGACCCGACUGCUGCUGUGCUGUGCUGCCUGUCCGCUUCCCCUUUGGUGAUUUUGCCCGUCCACCCCCCACGCAAGCCACCUACCCACCCACCCAGCUGUAUAUAUCAUCCAUCCAUCGUCCACGUCACACCGACCGGCCUUAUUGCUCAUGUAUCUCAUCAUGGAGUGACGCCAUCAAUCCAUCGCCCGGCGACGCAGCGCGGCUCGGCGCGGCUUGCUAGGCACCGACCUUUCAUACCGAUCGACAUUACCAACUCAUUUCUGUAUCCGGCGACGAGACGAGGCGGAUAAGAGGGGGAUUUUGACAACCAGAGAGGAGAGUGACCAGCGUGACGGCCAAAUCGCUGUUGAACCGCCCGGCAGUGACUGUACAGGGGUCGACAAAAGAGGAGAGCCGACAAUCGAUGGCUGUCCGUGUGUCGUCGCGUGUGCUGCUGGGCGUGGUGGGGCUGGCGGCUGCGGCAGUGAUGCUCGUGGCCGCUGCGGCGCCGGUUGUCAUGAGGGAGAGGAGAGGAGAGGGCGCGGGGGCGGGCAUUGGGGGCGUUUUGGGGUGGUACGUGACUGGCGUGGGCGGUUUUCUGUGGUCGAUUCUCGUGCUGCUUAACAAGUAUUUGACGGCGGCGCCACUGCUGGCAAACGCCAUGACCGCCGCGCUCUUCUGCUGGCUGGUACUCACGAAAUGCAUCCACGAAGUCCGUCGAUGGAUGCGAUGCAUACGUCUGUCUGUCUGUCUCUGUGUAUGUGUUGUGCAGGGUGACCUGAUAGGUCAGUACAUUGGUGGCCGCAGGCGCGACCAGCUGACGGCGGAGACUGUGGUGAAGAUACAGCUCCGAGGACGACCGCGACCCUAUGCCUACGACGUGCGCAAAGCGCUCAUAUUCACCGCCGCUGGGGCGACAUCAGGUACGAAACCACACCCGUUUCCCAUAGAUCGGCUCACGUUCGCGUUCUUCGAUGUUUUUGUUCAGGUGUGUUCAACUGGGUCAAGUUCGCGAUGCUGGAGAGGGUGAUAGGUUCGUCGACAGUGUGGCAGAUCGCGGCCUCGGUGGCGUGCGACCAGCUCAUCUGCGCGCCACUCGCCAACUGGUACACUGACGACUGACACACAGAAGGAUACGUUCCCAUAUACGUUUCCAUGUACGUUCCCAUAUGGUCCAUGUAUGCAUGUAUCGCCAUGUGUGGUGGUUGGCUCUGUCGAUCCGAUGCACCUUGGUUUGUUCAGGACCUUUCUGGUGUGGUGCGCCAUAUGGGAGAGGGCUGGUGGCGGGGGCGUGACUAGGCGUAUCGUGACGGCGGUUACAAGGGCGACGUUCGAUGUAGCGCCGCUGACGUGGUCCUCGCUCAAAGUGUGGCCCGCGGUAAGCAGCCGCGAUGGAAGCAGAAAAGAGACGUGUUCAAGGUGCUUGUUAUUUGCAUAUGCUCAGGUUGUGGCGAUGAAUCUGUGGCUGGUGCCCGUUGACCUCCGUGUGCUCUUCAUCAGCUGCGUCGUCAUCCUCUGGAACGUCUUCCUGUCACUCAGGUACCUACACACCAGCCCAGCCAAUACACUCACAGCCUAGCGUCUCCUCUGUUGUCAUUUUGUAUCGUCUCGUGCAGGUCCUCAUCUGCCGCACCGGCAUCCCCCCACCCCCCAGCCGUCAUCACCGUCACACCCUUCACCACGAGUGGCGACCAACACCCACUCUGCUGCACACAGGGAGACCUGGAGGAAGGCCUGCUCAUGAGCCUGCCAUGCGGCUCCAGCGCCAGCACCAUCCUGCCUCCCAGCACGGCGUCAUUCUUCAGCAGCAACAGCAGUGUUUACAGUGACACCGACGAGAGCACAACCGAGUGCGGCAGCCCCCUGCCCCUUGACAACCUGACGUGCCCCUAUGGCCUGAUGAUGCCCGACGAUGCUCCUCGGGGUGAAGAGAUCCGCACGGUGGCCAGGGGCGUUUGUGACGCUGGCGGUGCUGCUGCUGGUGCUAUUGGAGGUGGCGGGUUGCUGUCUCCCACGGUCAGUGUGUCGACCAGAUUCCCCUCUGUGGACGGGUAUCUGUCAAGCGAAUGAACGGAUGAAUGACGUGACGGGG